UCGCCCUCUGGCUCUCUUCCGCGGGAGCCCCGGCGCUGCGGGCUGAAGCAGGUUUGGGUAGGGCGGGGGAAACCCCAGGUUGGAUUGGGAGUCCGGACCGGAGCGGAGCGUAAGCCCGCCGGGCGAACGAGCGAGAGCCGAGACCCGAGCUACGCCGCGGCGUGCGGCGCGGGAGGGCGCUGCCCGCGCGCUCCCGGGCCCUCGGCCCUCACCAGACAUCAGGCGCCGCGGACGGAGGAGCUGGGCCGACGGGGGCGCGGCCGGGGUGCGAGGCGCUCGAGGUCAGGGUCUGGGGCUUUGGCGCUGCCUGGGCCGAGCGGACCCGGACGUGGGUGAGGCGGCCCCAGGAGCAUGAGCGGGCAGCGCGUGGACGUCAAGGUGGUGAUGCUGGGCAAGGAGUACGUGGGCAAGACCAGCUUGGUGGAACGAUACGUGCACGACCGCUUCUUGGUGGGGCCCUACCAGAACACCAUCGGGGCUGCCUUCGUGGCCAAAGUGAUGUCCGUCGGAGACCGGACAGUGACUUUGGGUAUUUGGGACACAGCAGGCUCUGAGCGCUAUGAGGCCAUGAGCAGAAUCUACUAUCGGGGAGCCAAGGCUGCCAUCGUCUGCUAUGACCUCACUGACAGCAGCAGCUUUGAGAGAGCCAAGUUCUGGGUGAAGGAGCUGCGUAGCCUAGAGGAGGGCUGUCAAAUCUACCUGUGUGGUACCAAGAGUGAUCUGCUGGAGGAAGACCGGCGGCGUCGACGUGUGGACUUCCAUGACGUCCAGGACUAUGCAGACAAUAUCAAAGCUCAGCUCUUUGAAACAUCCAGCAAGACAGGCCAGAGUGUGGAUGAGCUCUUCCAGAAAGUUGCAGAGGAUUACGUCAGUGUGGCGGCUUUCCAGGUGAUGACAGAGGACAAGGGUGUGGAUCUGAGCCAGAAGGCAAACCCUUACUUCUACAGCUGUUGUCAUCACUGAGGCACCACUCAUCUGGCCUGGGGGAAUUAAAGGAAUUCCCAGAGGGUCUGAACCCAGCUCUUGUCUGGGCUUGGGUGGUCAAAUGUCUGAGCUACCCUAGGUCCCCAUGGCAGCAGAGGUGGCACAUGCCUGUGCUGGCCCAUGGAAUGGAGGCAGCAUUGGGCUGACUGUGGGCAUGAGGAGGGCUAAAGGCUGAUUUGGACCCUAGGCUUCUGUCCUGGACAGCACUUGUGUCUACAGAUUAUUUAAGUGGCUUCUGAUCUGUAAAUAAAAUCAAUGCACUGUGACUCACA